AUGAGGUUCUUUUGGCUGCUGUGCUUGGCCAUACUGGCUGCUGCACACAGCUUCCCCAAGGAGAAGCAGGCAGAAGAUGUCAGCAUCACCUACAGCGUCCUGGAGGUUUAUCCCAGAAGCCGUCGAGUGCUCAUAACGUGUUACGCACCCCAAGCACCCCGGCCCAUCACCUAUACCCUCCUGGCCAGCCGGGGUGUUCAGGUGACCACAAAGGUCAUGAACAAUGACAACCCAGCUUCCUUCAACAUCAACGUGACGCUCAAGUCCAGCCCAGACCUGCUUACCUACUCCUGCCGGGCAUCCUCUGCCCAGGGCAUCUACGGACUCAGUGCCAAGCUGCAGUUGUACUGGGAGCUGUGGGCCAAGCCCGUGUCCCAGCUCCAGGUUGACUUGGCCCUACUGGAAGGAGACGAAGGGCCUACGGUGGAGCUGUCCUGCCUGGCAUCCUCUGGCAGCCCACCCAUCACCUACAGCCUGGUUGGGAAGGAUGGGCGAGUAUAUGCCCAGGAGAGGCCGCUCCACGGGCAGCCCGCCUUCUUUUUCAUCCCAUUGUCCCAGAUGUCGGGCUGGUUCCGGUGCCAGGCUGAAAACAGCGUCAGUGCCCAGAGCAGCACCCCCACGUUGCUGGUCCCAGGGGAGCUGCCCCCGGGAGCCACCUCCGUGCUGGCCGGCAGCCUCGUCUCCAUUGCGGCCAUUGGCUCCGGGAUGCUGGGCUGGACCAGGUUGUGACCAGAAGACACAGGCUUGACAGAGUCCCGUGGAGUGCCUGGGCUUCCUGUGCUGCCCCAUAGAUGGAGCCAACAUCAGGAUGAAGUGAAGCCUUAGGGGUGGGGGAGAAAAGGGCAGGUACAAGUCAGGCGACACGAAACAGAAAACGCAUGUGCCACGCAAGUCUAGAGUGAGACCCCUGGGGAAUAAAAUUGCAUCACAUGUGGGAGUUGUGCUGGCUACAUAUUGAUUUACAUGAGGCCUAAUCUAA